UGCUCAGGUUGAUAAGUGUCAAUUACGCCGUCAAAAUCGUAAGAGCCCCUGUUGUUGCCGGUGACGGAACACUCACGACGUCAAACUGCAAAGCCUAGCGCGUGCGCGUCUACGACGGGGGUAGUGUCCAUCUUUAAUAACUCCGGUCCCGGACACCAGCCAACGGUUUCGCAUAAAGGAUCGUUUGCUCCUUGACAGGUCCGUCUCCCUGUGCUCUCCGACGAUCGGGUCAUGAUUCCAGCGUAUUGAUCUCACUUGAUUCUGAUUAAACUCGAAAUGGAACAGCAGAAAACUUCUUCUGGGUCCUCGCAGAGCCCUAGAUCUCAGUCAUCGCAACAGCCUUAUCUAUCUGUAUCUGUGACUGAUCCUGUGAAAUUGGGCAAUGGCGUCCAAGCGUACAUUUCGUAUCGAGUUAUCACCAAGACAAAUUUACCUGAAUACCAAGGGCCUGAAAAGAUUGUCAUUCGGCGUUAUAGUGAUUUUGUUUGGCUGCAUGAUCGCCUUUUUGAAAAGUAUAAGGGCAUUUUUGUUCCUCCUCUUCCAGAGAAGAGUGCUGUCGAGAAGUUCCGUUUCAGUACUGAGUUUAUUGAGACGAGGCGUCAGGCAUUGGAUAUAUUUGUAAACAGAAUAGCUUCGCAUCAUGAGCUUCAACAAAGUGAGGAUCUGAAGACCUUUUUACAGGCAGAUGAAGAGACAAUGGAGAGAUUAAGGUCACAAGAAACUGGAAUUUUUAGAAAGAAGCCAGCUGAUUUGUUGCAAAUCUUCAAGGAUGUACAAUCUAAAGUGAGUGAUGUGGUUCUUGGCAAGGAAAAACCUGUGGAGGAAUCAAAUUCUGAAUAUGAGAAGCUGAAACAUUACAUCUUUGAACUUGAAAACCAUUUGGCCGAGGCUCAGAAGCAUGCAUAUCGUCUAGUAAAGAGGCACAGAGAACUUGGGCAAUCUCUGUCUGAGUUUGGGAAGGCAGCAAAACUCCUUGGUGCUUGUGAAGGAGAUGCAAUUGGGAAGGCCUUUUCUGAGCUUGGGUCAAAAUCAGAGAUUCUAUCGGUAAAGCUGCAGAAGGAGGCCCAUCAAAUCCUCAUGAAUUUUGAAGAACCUUUGAAGGAUUAUGUUCGUGCCGUGCAGUCUAUUAAGGCCACCAUAGCAGAGAGGGCGAAUGCCUUCAGGCAUCAUUGUGAGCUGGCUGAAACAAUUAAGCUGAAGGAGAUAAAUCUUGACAAGCUCAUGCGAACCAGAUCAGAUAAGGUGGGAGAAGCGGAGAUUGAAUACAGGGAGUUGAAGGCAGAAAGUGAGGAAGCAACAAAAAGAUUUGAGACAAUUGUACGACUGAUGAAUGAAGAGAUCAUGCGUUUCCAGGAACAGAAAACAAUGGAUCUCGGGACUGCCUUCCAUGAAUUUGCAAAAGGACAGGCUCGUCUGUCAAAUAAUAUUGCAGAUGCCUGGCGAAGUCUCCUUCCCAAGUUUGAAUCUUUUUCUUCCGGAUGAACAAGAGCCUUAAGGGUAGCGAAAUACUGGUGCUCUUCGUUCUCGGGGGUUACUUGGGCAGCUCCUGGUUAGUGAAAACUUGGUUUACUAACUUGGCGUUUCAGGAGGCAAUUAUGCGACUAGGGUGUUGUACAAGAAGUUGCUAUAUUCCACUUUCUUUUUGUACAACAUGAUGUGUUCUUCUGAAACAUGACCCACACAGCAAAUGCCAUACUUUAGAUUACACAGAGUUUGUUAUAGAUUAAAGUUUUAAUUAACAAAUUUAUAACUCUUCUUAUUGUGCUUUUUUGCAUCCAUUAUUGUCUAAUUUAUAGUUGACGUGAA